AUGGGCAAGAUUACAUUCUUUGAGGAAAAGAACUUCCAGGGCCGUCACUAUGAGUGCACUAGUGACAGUGUUGAGUUGCAGGCCCACCUCAGCUGCUGUAACUCAAUCCGUGUAGAGAGCGGCUGCUGGAUGGCUUAUGAGAAGCCAAACUACUCUGGCUAUCAGUACAUGUUGUACAAAGGAGAAUAUCCAGAUCAUCAUCAUUGGGCAGGCUUUAACGACUGUAUCCACUCCUGCCGCAUGGUACCUUCUUAUCAAGGAAACUACAAGGUAAAGAUCUUUGAGCAUCCUGAUUUUGGAGGCCAGGCCAUGGAGCUGAUGGAGGAUUGCCCAGAUCUGCGCACAUGCUUCCACAAUGGUAAUAUCUUUUCUGCCAAUGUCAUGGAAGGUUACUGGAUCCUUCAUGAGCACCCCAAGUACACUGGAUGUCAGUACUUCCUGCACCCAGGGGAGUACAGGAGGUUUAGUGAAUGGGGCAGUACCAGUCCUGCUACAGGCUCCUUGAAACGGAUCACAGAGUUUAACUGAAAAGAUGUUCUACUUAAAACAGCAUUGUAAUCAUACCUGCUUGUCAUAUGCUUUCAGCAUGAUCUGAUAUUCACAGUUGACUAUGGCCUGACUAUGUAAUCAGUAUGUAGCAUGAAAUUAUGUUUGUAUUUUUAGCCUCUGUUUGAGCUUUAGAUUAGUUAAAACAAAUGUCUGCAUUGCUUUGUGUGCUCAUAAAUCAUAUGCUAACCUAGCACUGAACCUCUAA